AUGACACAAAAAUUGCCGAUUUUCGAGGUUUGUGUGGAUUCAGUUUCCUCGGCAAUUAAUGCAGAAAAAGAAUGCGCAGCCCGCAUCGAAUUAUGUGAUAAUUUAAAUGAGGGUGGAACUACGCCGAGUUCAGGAAUGAUCGCGACAGUUCGAAAAUAUGUCAAAAUCCCAAUUAUGGUGAUGAUAAGACCUAGAGGUGGUGAUUUUUGCUAUAGUGAAUCCGAAUUUGAGGUUAUGUGUGCGGAUAUUGAACACGCGAAGUCACUCGGAGCGGAUGGCGUGGUUUUUGGCAUUCUCCUAAAAGACGGAAGUAUUGAUAUCCAAAAGACUUCGAGGCUAGUUGAUCUAGCAACGCCCAUGUUAGUGACAUUUCAUAGAGCAUUUGACAUGUGCAAAAACCCGUAUCAAUCACUUGAGGAUAUUAUCGCGAUUGGUGGGAUACAGCGAGUAUUGACGAGCGGCUGCGACAGCUCAGUAUUAGAAGGGCUCGAAAAAAUAGCGCUUUUAGUAGAGCGAGCAAGAGACCGGAUAAUCGUAAUGCCUGGAGGAG